CCGUGUCGUCAGGCAGAAACACAUUCGGCAGGCUGGCGGGUGUCGGGAUCCUCAAGGCACAACAUCGGCGACCAGAAUUAAACAAUAGACAGCCAUUGUUGUGGUCCGUUUCGAAGUAGCCAGGUGGUUUUGUUUUGUCGAUCUCGCUACGAUGUCGGUAGGUUUGGAGUCGGGAUUCUCGAGCGAGGAGGUGCUCACCAGCCGCUUCCCCCUCCACCGGGCGUGCAGGGAUGGAGACGUCGGAGCCUUGUGCUCCCUCCUUCAGUGCACCUCAAACCCGGCUGACCUCGCGGUGGAAGACACCUUCUACGGCUGGACGCCUAUUCACUGGGCCGCUCACUUCGGAAAGCUGGAGUGUGUGAUGCGUCUGGUUCAGGUGGGCAGCGGCGUGAAUGCCGUCACCUCCAGGUUUGCACAGACACCCAUUCACAUCGCGGCGUUCGGGGGCCACCCGGAGUGCUUGUUAUGGCUGCUCCGAGCUGGCGCAGACAUUAACAGACAGGACUAUGUGGGCGAGUCGCCCAUUCACAAGGCUGCUCGUGCGGGCAGUCUGGAGUGCAUCAACGCUCUCUUGAUUCAGGGAGCGAAAGCUGAUAUGAGGAAUGCCAGUGGGCUGACCGCUGCUAACUUGGCCCACGCCCAGGGGUUCCAGGAGUGCGCAGAGAUUCUCUCCAAUGCCCAGAACUUCCAACAAAACAUGGCCCAGUCCCAUAACGGGGCUUUUCUGAACGGCGUGACCCAGAUCGGGGGCCAAGCUCGUCCCACCAUCCAGGGACGCAGCUUCUCGAACGGCGUGCCCAACAGAAAGAGGUCGUUUGAUGGCAUGGAAGCGAACGCGGGGAAGAAGGCCCGACCGAACGGUCUUUUGCUUAAUGGGAAUGGGCCACUGGGUGGCGCUGGAGAGGUCCAGAUGGAAAGCAUGAACGUGGAGUUGGCGGCGGCUGUAACUCCAGUGGCAGGUGAGGAUUUUUCCUUAAAUGGCCACAGUCGAGCAGAGCUUCCAUUUGGGUGUUACCCAGGAGCAGAAAUCCACCACGGCCCACUCGCCUGCAGCGACUCGUCCUACCCCGGCACGGGGGGCAGCCAGGUGGAGCACCAGAAGUGUGUGCGAGCAGAGCAGUUGUAUGACCACGCCUUCUACACCACCAUGUAGCUCUUCCAUGGAUCCUGAAGCACAGAGGUUCCCUUUGUCAGACUGUCCUUUCUGCCUGAAUGUUGUACGAGUUUAAACCAGCAUUAAUUUGCCUUAAAGCCAUUGAGUGGUGCUGUUAUUCAUUGAUAAUCUUUGUUUUUGCUUUUUUGGAAAGGGCAGGCCCGUCUUUGUGUUUGGAUUGAAAUGUGUACCUGAUUGUUGAUUUAAGAAGGGAUUUUUGUUUGUAUUGUUAAAGAAAAGGUGUUUGUGUAGCUUAUUAAUCAAGUUUGAUUAAGCUGUAUAUAGACAUGUUCUGAUUGCUAAACUAAGCAUCUGCAUUGAAACUGCCAACAUUUGCAAUCGAAUUCUGUCUCAUCUUGUGGAGUGAUCCCUGUUAAAUGUUUUUUGUACUCAUUAACAAUUAAAGUUUUGCAAAACCUUCA